GUCUCUCGGAUACAAAGCUACAUGAAGUCUAUUUGGAUGACAAGGAGAUCAAGCUGAGCUGGAUGGUGGAUUGGUACAAGCAGGAGGUGCUUUUCCAUUUGCAGAAUGCAUUCAAUGAGCAGCAUCGUUGGUUCUAUUUGGGCUUCUCGAAGCGCGGCGGAUUAGCCGAUGCGGAUAUUUGUUUCUUUGAGAAUCAGAACGGUUUCUUCAAUGUGGUCACCGACACGUACACCAGCCCAGAUGGCCAUUGGGUGCGCAAGGACUACCAGCAGGACUGCGAGGUCUUCAAAAUGGAUGAGUUUACGCUGGCCUUCAAGCGCAAGUUUGAUACCUGCGAUCCGCUCGAUCUGCGACUACACGAGGGAACCAUGUAUGUGGUCUGGGCACGCGGCGAAUCGGAGCUCGCCUUAGAGGAUCAUCAGUUUGCGUUGCCCAAUGUGAGUGCACCACAUGAGGCGGGUCUCAAGAUGCUGCAGCUGCUGCGCGCCGACAAGAUACUCAUACCCGAAACCGAUUUGGAGCAUAUUGAAAUCACGCUGGAGCAGGCGCCGGUGCCCAAGCAGGAGACCACCUACUGGUGUCAUGUGCAGCGUUUGGAUGACAUAAUCAAGAAUCGUUUGCAUAUUGUACAAUUUGAGCCGAUUAUCAAGACGCCCGGCAUUAUACAUCACAUGGAGGUGUUCCACUGCGAAACGGACGCCCACGUUGAGAUUCCACUGUACAAUGGCGACUGCGAACAGCUGCCGUUGGAGGCCAAGGUCUGCUCCAAGGUAAUGUCAUUGUGGGCCAUGGGUGCCAGCACUUUUACAUAUCCAUCUGAGGCUGGCCUGCCAGUCGGUGGACCCGAUUUUAAUCCCUACGUUCGACUCGAGGUGCACUUCAAUAAUCCGGAGCUGCAGGCGGGUCUGGUGGAUAGCUCUGGAUUUCGCAUCAAAGUAUCAAAGACACUGCGGCAAUACGAUGCCGGCGUCAUGGAAUUGGGUCUGGAAUAUACCGACAAAAUGGCCAUACCGCCCGGCCAGACGGCGUUCCCAUUGAGUGGCUACUGUGUGGCCGAUUGUACACGGGCCGCACUGCCACGGACGGGCAUCAUCAUCUUUGGAUCGCAGCUGCAUACACAUUUGCGAGGCGUUCGCAUCCUAACACGACAUUUUCGCGGCGAACAGGAGCUGCGCGAGGUGAAUCGCGAUGAUUACUAUUCGCAUCAUUUUCAGGAAAUACGCACACUGCACUACAAGCCGCGUGUGCUGCCGGGCGACGCUCUGGUCACAACGUGCUAUUAUAAUACGCUUGCCGAUACAAAUGCCACGCUGGGCGGCUUUUCCAUUAGCGAUGAGAUGUGCGUCAACUAUAUACACUACUAUCCGGCGACCAAGUUGGAGGUGUGCAAGAGUUCCGUUUCGGAGGAGACGCUCGAGGAUUACUUUAUCUAUAUGAAGCGCAAGGAGCAUCAGCAUGGCAUACACUUGAACGGGGCACGUUCUGCGAAUUAUCGGACUAUCGAAUGGACAAAGCCGCACGUUGACCAACUGUAUACGAUGUACAUCCAGGAGCCGCUUAGCAUGCAAUGCAACAGAUCCGAUGGCCAGCGUUUCGAGGGACACAACUGGGAGGGUGUACCGCCGACGCCAGUGCAAAUCAAAAUGCCCAUCCAUCGGAAACUGUGCCCCAACUACAAUCCGCUGUGGCUGAAGCCGUUGGAGAAGGGUGAAUGCGAUUUGCUGGGCGAGUGCAUCUACUAGGCGAGUUAUGCAAGGAUACGAAAUGCAUUUGUUUUUUGUUUUUGUUUCAUGUAUUCGAUUGCAUUUUAGUCGGGGCGGGGCAGAAACACGGCACACACACACACACAAACACAUAUUGAGACACGGCACGGGAUUACAAAUGGCAUGCUUUUGGCAAAGGGUUUGUCAGGCCCUCUGCAUUUUUUGUUACAAUUUGUUUUGUUUUGUUCUUCUGUGGAGUUAUAUAGUAUAUGAUUGUCAUCAUCAGCGUCAACAUCAACGUGCACAUUAUUGUGAACUGAAAUGGCAAAGACAAAAGGUCAGCUGGCAGGGUUGGGGCUCAAAAACUUUCUUUAAAUAACUAAUGAAUUGUUGGCCUUUGAAAUGUACCGACGAUUUUGCAGAACAACUGACGGCCACACGCUUUUCACAGUGGCCCAGCUUAAAGCGGCAAAUGACAGAAAAGAAAAUGUAAAAGAAAUGUGGAAAAACCCGUAAGGAAAAUAAAUGAGAAACAGCUAUAAAAGUAGAAAGGGGGGGCUACCCAGCCAACAGUCCCCCGGGGCCAGGGACGGUGUCGGACCCGGUGCCAGGGACGUUGCCGGUGCCGGACGGGGGCAAUAAGUAGCAGCAUCAGCGGCAACUGAAACAGUUUUCAAUGCGAGCCAACGGCACUGUUUAUACAAUAUAAAUGAGCCAACUUUCAGUCUGUCGAAAUGAGUGUCAGAUAAAAAGGAUGCACACAGUGCGAACCAACCUAUCAACCUAUCAACCCAUCCACCUACACAGCAAGGUAGCCGAGUGGCCAAGUGUUUAUAGCCAUUUCGCAUUUUUGGACAGCCGACAGCCAGGCAAAUGUCCAACUCGAUUGUCACUAACUAUCGAUAGUUGCUUGUCUUAAACAAAUCAAAUUUUGUUUGGUUCAAGACGCUGGAACUGGUUCAAGCCGAUCUCCUUAAAAGUUAUCACAAGUAUUAUGGGUACACGGGGAGUUGUGGAACUUCCAGGAAUGAACUAAUGAAUAGGAGUGCGGAUGGGAAUGUGAAGAAAUAAGUAUAAGUGCAGAUGAGUAUGAAUAUAAAUGAGUAUAUGAUGAAGAAUGUGGAAAUUCAAAGACAUAUGCAAAUACUACUCAUAAUUAUGUGUAGAAAUGAGUAUAAGUACAUUUAAAAUCCUCAUGAUAAGAUCAGAUGAAGAAAUUCGUCGAUUUAUGCAAAAUGAGACUUAUAUUGAAAUGAGUAUAAGUACAUAUGAGUAUGAGUAGAAACGAGUAUAAGAUCAGAUGAGUAUGAGUAUGGAUAACUACGAAAAGAAUAAAAAGAAAGAAAAGGAAUAAAUUCAUAGAUUUAUGAGCUAUACCAGAAUCACACUCUGUCUUAUCUAGGCUAAUGUUUGAAAGUAAAUAUUUUACAAAUUUUUAAAAGAGUCCAUAGGCAUAAUAAUUAUUAUUUAUCAUAAUUAUUACUUUUCUAAUAACAUAUAUAGGAUAUAGCUAUAAGCUACCAGCCAAACGUUUUUUUUUUAAUAAAACUGGAAUUUGGCUAAGACAAACCCAAAUCCAAGCACUGGGCUACGAGCCCGUAACCUUGUACCAAAAACGGCUCUUAAGCUUACAAAUUCGAAAAUCUUUUUAAGAGCCAUUUCUAGUUUGAAUGUUAAAGACAUAAAAAAGCCUACUAUCGAUGGUUUCGAGUACUUUUGAGUAUCCCUCAGCACUUUGAAUGAGUACAUCAUAUAUUAUCCCCUCUUUCAAAUCAGUAAAGGCUUACAAAAGGUUUUGAUAUAAGUAAAUAUUACGAGCUUACCCUAUUUGAUCUUAUUAUCCAAUAAUCUUUCAGUUGUUGUUGAUGUUGUUGAUGAUCACUUGAGAGUUUUGGGUUUUUUUUUAAAAAGAUUUUGCAUAGUUUUACAAGGAUUUAUAUACAAAACCGAAGAAGAAGACGGAAACAUUUGGACACACACAAAAUACAUACAUAUGCACAAAUCAUAUAAUGGAUAAUUUUAAGUGUAGCUACAUAUAUAUUAAGAUGUGAUAAUUGUUCUACAGCUAAACA